GCACUGCACCAGCGGCUUCGGCUUGGUGGAUGUGUAUGCAUGAGUUCUGCACCGAAUGGGCGCAAAAAGCGCCCCGGCCGGUCCACCCGCUCCUCGAUCUUCCAGAUCAGCAAGCCACCGCUGCAGAGCGGAGAUUGGGAGCGCAGGGGCAGCGGCUCCGAGAGCGCCCACAAAACCCAGCGAGCCCUGGACGACUGCAAGAUGCUUGUCCAGGAGUUCAACACGCAAGUGGCCCUGUAUCGGGAGUUGGUCAUUUCUAUCGGGGACGUCUCUGUCAGCUGCCCCUCGCUCCGGGCGGAAAUGCACAAGACAAGAACCAAAGGCUGUGAAAUGGCCCGGCAGGCACACCAAAAACUUGCUGCCAUCUCGGGCCCGGAAGAUGGUGAGAUCCAUCCAGAAAUCUGUCGGCUUUAUAUCCAGCUGCAGUGCUGCUUAGAAAUGUACACAACAGAAAUGCUCAAAUCCAUAUGUCUGCUGGGGUCUCUUCAGUUUCACCGAAAAGGAAAGGAGACUGGCGGGGGAACCAAGAGUUUGGAUUGCAAAAUUGAGGAGAGUACCGAAACACCUGCUCUAGAGGACUCCUCAUCAUCCCCUGUAGAUAUUCAGCAACAUUCCUGGCAGGUUUCCACAGACAUUGAGAACACUGAAAGAGACAUGAGAGAAAUGAAAAACCUUUUAAGCAAACUCAGGGAAACUAUGCCUUUACCAUUGAAAAAUCAAGAUGACAGCAGCCUUCUAAAUCUAACUCCCUACCCCCUGGUUAGAAGACGGAAGAGAAGGUUCUUUGGGCUGUGUUGUCUGGUCUCAAGCUAGGCAGCUCCUCCUGGAAACCCACGAUCGUGAAGACCUGAAAAUAUCACAGAACCUGAGGACCUCCAGACAGCUGAACCAUAAUUAUUGGUUUUUGACUAUGUUUUCUAUGCUUCCUUAUUACUUUUAUUCACCUCCCCCUACCCUUUUAAAUGAUUUUACAUUUGAAAGCAGCUGCUGUCAAGGGGAAAAAAAAAAAGAUUCGAAAAGCAGGCUGUUUUUAAAAGGAUUUUUAAAACUGACAUUGUGCAUGUCUGCUCCAAACCAUACCAUGACAGAUGCAAGAAUUAUGGUUUUUAAAUUAUUUAAAGGUUUUUUUAAAUGUACUAUACAGAGAAAAAUUAUUUCAUGUAUAAUAGUAUAUCUUUAGCUCUUGCUGAUCUCAUGUGAACAAUUUAUCAUAUAUGAAAGUCUUUAAACAUAGAAACCUAUCUAAAACUGCAAAACUGUGUUCAAAAAUCCAAUCAAUAUUAUUAGAAACAAUAUUAUAAUCAAACAUACACCACCUCACCUAUUGCUUUGUCUGCACUCAUUUACAUUUAGUCUUCCAUUCUUUCAGAAUCCAAGAGCUUCUACAUAAAGAUAUCUUAAUUUAUAAUGCAACAAAAACCAUAUAUGAGAAGUAUUUAAAUUUUUGUAAAUACACAAUAAUCCUAAGACCUUCGUACAAUGCAUAUGGGCAACUAAUUUCCUUUUGAUCCAAUGGUGUCUUUUUCAGCUUCUUGGAGAAUGAAGUAAUCCAGGUAGAAAAUGGUGUAGUAACAUAUACAAUUACCCUCAAAUGUAAAAUUGAAUAUUAUCACAUUUUGUUCUAAUUGAAAUCUGAAGCAUGAUGUCUGCACAUCAGCAUAGUGUUAAAUCUUAGGGCAUGCUGGAAUUAGCUCAGAUCGUAAAAAUAUUUAACAUUUUACGUUAAUAAAAUCUUUUUAGUUACGCUAAGCUUGUCUCAUUUUAGAUGACUAUGCAGAUAUGACUUUUCCAAUGUGUACUUGGUGUCUUGUCUUAUGCUUAGAAUCUUGAAAGCAGGACACAUUAAGCAAUACUAUAUUUUAGAAAGGAGGAAGCCACACGCUUUGUUUUUCUGCGCACAGCUUUGUUAUGAUCUUCCUCACUAAACUUGUAACAUGAUACAAAUUGUGUCAUAUUUUCCCCUGUUCUUCCUUGGCCCUUUACCCAAACAGAAUUUCCCAUGAGUUGAGAGAUCAGGCCUUUGGACUUCUUUUCUUGCUUUCUAAAAUCUGAGAAAUCCUAAAGUAAGACAAGAGGCACCAGUGUCUAGUACAAUAAAAGGAUGAGCUAGAUGCCUAUAAGUGGUUUAUCCAAGAUGCAUCGUUAAUCCCAACCCUAUACUUUCUCAGUACUUAUGUGCACAGGCAUUUAUAUGUCCAAUACUUUGGCCCAACAAUAAAUACAUUAAAGCUGUUAGCUUUAGUGAAGAUGGAGAUUAGGUUUAUUUGAGCUACCAGAAUAAUUCUUGUAUUAGAUUAACCUAUACAAAAUUGCUGGUAUUUGACUGUUUUGACCCACAAAAAUGGCAGUUUCAUAUGGUUCAACCUAAUAUCUGAUGUUGUGAAAAUUAUACUUGGAAUUGUCUUCUAGCUUUUGUGAUUGAAAGCAAAAGGCUUAGAGGGUUGGAAGAGACCUCAAAAGGCUACGCAGUUCUCUAGAUGAUACCAGCUGGUUUUUGGCCUUAUUCUUGGAGUCCAGAGUUGUGUUCUAAUGAACUGGUAAUUCAUGCAUGGUUAUAGGAAUGCCUGACUUUGUAUAAAGAGUUAUCCUUGAAAGUUUUAUGAGAAAAUCAUAACUUUCUAAAUCAAAUAUUGGUAAAACAGUUGUUGGAAUAUGCUAUUUAAAGACUCUUAGAAUGAAUACCCCUUUGAAAAGCAGGUAACCACUCCUAGAUUUAUCUUGUCUGCAAACUGUGAUUUCAUAAAUCAGGUUUCACUAAAGUUUAAUAUCUUUUUUGAAUAUGGUUCAUUUUCAUCCCACGUGGUUAAUUCACUUAGGGCCCGUUGUUUUAGAAAUUACAAAAUAUCCCAAUUGGGCACACUCUCAGCUCCCAUCUUUGCCUUCACCCACCUUUCCACUCUAUGGAACCCUUAGCUUCAAUCUAGUUCCUUUUAAUUCAUGCAAAGUUAUUAACUGAUAAACCCAACCUUGAUGUUCAGCAUGUUCCUCUAAAUGCUUGACCUAAAUCACUUCUGCUUGGUUAAUUUGUGCUCACUCUCGCCUUAGUCUUGGUAUGAAAGGAACACUUACCUCCUGUGCCACUGUCCUUUGUACAACUGAAGACUGUUAAUAAAUUCAGGUCUCACCUCCAGGUCUAGGAGGGCUGUAGUAGCUAUUCAUGGAGAUGGGAAUUUGUCUAAUUCCCCAGCUAGGCUUUCCAUAUCUAAGGUAAAUAAAUUCAGCCACCUUAUCUUUUAUUCAUAGUGCCUGUUUCCCAGACUUUGAUUGGUUUUGUAGUUCCUGUGGACACACUCCAAGAUUUAUAGAUCUUCUUUCACUAGCCGGUCCUAAAAUUAAAUUCAGUGCUCCAAGUCAUGAUGACCUACACUGACUCAGAAUGGCAAUAGAUAGCUCACCAUUUCCCAUUAGAUAUGCCAAUGCAUCUCUUUAGGAGCUGACCCGACUCUCCUCUCACCUACCAAAGGACUUUCUCAGGUGUAGUCCAUGAGAUAGAGGUUUACUGUCUUGGCUUCCUUCUGGUAAUUUGCUCUCAGAUUAGCAAUAACAUUGAGCUGCUCUCUAGAGGUAAGGAGAGAACACUGAACCCAUUCUGUUGCAUGUGCUCACAUGCUAAAAACAGAAAAGGAUGUCAACUUUUCCUGGCACACCCUCACCAUGUAACCAUUAUAAUUUUAAUAUCGCAUGUUGAUGCAUCGUUGUUGUUUUUUCCAGAUUACAGAGGCAAUAUAUGUUCUUUGUGGGAAAUCGGAAACAUACCACCAAGUAUAAAGAAAAUAAAAAUCACCUGAAUCCCACCACAAUCAUAUUGUUUAAAACCACAUUUCCAGGCUUUAAAUCAGUCAGUGGUUGGGCUCAAAGACACUUGUGGAUAAGGUAUGUGCACAAAUGCCCACAAGGCCAAGUUAUCACUCUAAAAUACUGAUGUUUUGCACGCCUCUAGGAACAGAGUGACUGCAGACUUCUGGUUGUGCUAUUGAUCAAGGGUACAAAGAAGGCUUUAGAAGUAGCACAGCCCUGAUGCCUCCUUUAAUGAAAGCUCUUAGGGAAAUUCUAAAAUCCAGAUCAUUUUGUUCCUCGGUGCUCCUCCAAUGGUUGGAUAUUUACUGUGUGGCAAUACUGCCACCUACUGAAUGCUGAGCUUUAGCAUAAGAAGAGACCAUAAAUGCAAAGACAUUUUAGACAGGAAAAAAAAAGGGGGGGACCAGGUAACAGUAUCCCAUAUGGAAUUCAGAUUCUGGAAGUCUCAAAGUUGAAAGGAUUAAGGAUAUCAUCCAGACUAACGUCCCAUGCCACACGCAUAAACCUAAUUAAGCACUAUCUAUCAUUUCUUUGUGUUCUAAAACGUCACCAAAUGCAAAAUGCUCAGCUUUCAGAUCACAAUAGAUAGGAUGAGGAAAAACCAAUGAUGCUAUUGGCCCAUAAUAAAUCAUGAUAAUUAGGUAUAAAGAUCAGAAAUAAACCCAAGAACAUAGAGGAAUUAAGUGCAUUAUAAAGAUGGCAUUUCAAAUCUGUGAGUAAAGUUGGAUUACUAAAUAAUUUGGGAUGAUUGGUUUGGCCAUAUGUUGGGGGAAAUACUAGAUCUAUACCUCAUAAUUUCCAACAAAAUAAAUUCUAGGUGAAGCACAGAUUUAGAUGUUAAAGCACAUAAAUAUGUAAAAGGACUAGUAGGCAAUACUGACAAAUAUUUAUGGAAUUUUACUAUGGAAAAGAAGCCUUUCUAAGCAUGACAACAAAGGAAGAAAUAAAAAAGAAAAAGAUGGAUGGAUUAGACCAAUUAAAAUGUGGAAUGCCUAUACAGUAAAAAAUAACAAACCAAAUUAAGAGAAAACAAAAUUUGAAAGAUAUGCAACAAUGAGCAUCGAUCCCUAGUAUAUAUCAAGAGCUUAAGCUCCAUUACCCUUGGGAAGUUUCUAAGAUCUACAACCUUCCCAACCAAGUGUUUGCAUUUCAUUGCUUACUCAUUGUACUUAUUAAAUUAUUACUUAUUUGUCUGUUUAUAUCCACUAAGCUGGAAGUUCAGGAAAGCAGCAACCAUGUCUAUUUCGCUUACUGUUAUAUUCUUGAUACUUAACCCAGUGCUAGACACAAAGCAAAUACUGAAAACAUAUUUAUUGUGUGAGUGAAUAAUGAAUGCAUGAGUAAAUAACAUUUUAUGAUCAAAAAGAAUCAAACUUUCCAGUAGAAUAUUGAGCCAAGGACAUAAACUGGCAGUGUACUAUAAAUUAAUGAACAAAUAAUAAAUAUGAAAAUAUUUAACUAGUAAUCAAAAAUGCAAAUUAUUACAAUAUACUCCUUUUUAUGUAUCAGAAAGACAAAGGGUAUAAAGAAUUAUAGUUCCCAGGGACAAGAAGGAAGUAUGGAAAUGAACAUUCUCUUACAGAGUCAACAACAGUGUAAAUUGAUUCUGGAAAAAUAUUUAGGCAGUAUAUUUUUUGUGUAUGCCAAAUACUUCCACGUUAGGGAAAUUCUCCUCAAAAAAAAAGUCAAGAAAAAUGAACUAAGAUACAUUCAUUCAUUAUUCAAAAAAUAUAUGCAAAAAAAGGAUGUUUCUAGGAGCAUUAUUUGGAGGAAUGGAAAAAACAUGAGCCUACAAUAUAGGGUUGGUUAAAUAUGGUAUAUCCUUUCAAUGGAAUACUGUGCACCAAUUACGAAUAAGCACUAGAUGUUUAUUUAUUGAAGUAAACAGCUAUAUUGUUAAAUAAAAAAAGGAAGUUACAGAAGAACAUGAUAUGUUCUGAUUUUAAAAAUAGACAUACACAGUGUGCAUUACAGCAUCUGAAAGGAUAUUUGCUGAAAUGUUAACAGCAUCUAUCUCUGGGAGGUGAGAUUUGGAGCAAUUAUAUUUUCUUUUUUGCAUAUCUGUAAUUUCUGAUUUUUCCACAAUGAGCAUGUAGUAUCUGUGUAAUUUUUUCAGGGAAUAAAAAACAAUGUUCACGACAUAUAUUAAAUGAAAAAACAUGUUAUAAAACCGUAUGUAUAGUAUGACACAAUAUUUGUAAAAAAAAGAAAAUUAUAUAUAAAUAUAUCUACGUAUGUAUAUAUAUAUGCAUAAGAAGCUAGAAGGACAUACACUAAAAUGUUAAUAGUAGUUAUUUAUGGGUAGUGGGAUUAUGGGUGAUUAUUUUUUCUUUUUGCUUUUCUGUGUUUUCUAAUUUUUCUACAAUGAAUAUGUAUUCCUUGUGUAAUAAAAACUAAUAAUAAAAGUUGAA